AUGGACGGUUUGCCUCCCGUACAAGAUUUAUGGGAAAUAGGGGACGGGCGCUUCAACUGCCUCCAGCCACAAUUUCCCAAGCGCCGGUUGACGACGACAACGGAUAACGAGCCGCUGCCAGUGUCAACGCCGCCACCGCCACCGGCUGCCAGUGCCGACCUGAGUGGUCACAGAGUGGGAGGCACCAUUGCUGAGCAGAGGGCGGCAGGGCCAAAGGCAAGGUGCAGGGGAACCUGGAAUGGUACCUUGGCGCGGAAACGGGACCUGCAGCUUGCGUCUUGCAUGGGAAUUUACAACCGAAACGAAAGUUGCUUUGCUGCUCGAGACAGAAACCGCGUGAUCAUGUCUCCAGACUCCAGUGUCUCCGUCUCCCUUUUUCUCCUGUGCGAUUGCACACGUACACGCGGCAGCAUGGAACACGCAGAAGCAACACGAGUCCGAUCUGAUGUUGCUUGCUGCAGUCGUUGCUUCUCCUCGUGGCACAAAGCGGGUGUCCUCGUCAUUUCAUCUCAUCUUAUCGCGCCCCCGAUACUGACCUCAAUCAUCUCCGCCAGUCUUCCAGGGUUUCGCAUCGUAGCGGAAUGGAUAGGUAGGGAGAGCCCUGAGAAGCUACCGAAACCAAGACCUACUCAGUGUUGUACGGGGCAUUUGAAAAUUGUUGGAUCACGGCGCAUGGGUCGACAACUGGAAAGACAUGGGAGAGGUCCAGCCCGCACGACCAGGGACGGGGAAAGAAUCAGAAAAUUUGACUGGCCAGGACCGGCAACGCACGAGGGGGGGACUAUGGGAAGGAGGGGUGUGCAGAUAGGCGCAGCCUCCCCGGUGUACUGCCGUGCUGCUCUAGGUACUUGUGCUCUGCGUUAUCGCUCGCCAUAUCCAGCUAGCAGUCUGGCGAGAUCACGGAUCUACUUGCUGAAUAUGCAUCUUGUCGACGACGUUGCGGUACCAAGACGGCAAGGACCCAACAAUCCCAUCUGCUGGGCACGGCAUCUGGCUGACCUGUCAACCGUGCCGAGAACGCUGGGCGCUGUAUGCGGAGGCGCUAUCGUGGAUAAGACGGCACUGCUGCUGCUCAUGAUGAUGAUGAUGAUGAUACCAACCUGUGACCUUGGAAACCUGGCAGAGAAAGUAGGUGACGACGUGUCGGCCGAUCUGCUCUUUGACUUUCAAUUGACAUUCCCGUCAAGACGGCGCUAUCAACGGGCUCCUGUUCCUGACUUGCGUAUCGAGCCCGGCGCCAGCUGCAAGCCACAAGCUUCCAAGCUGAGAGGAAACGCCGGCCCACCGUCCCUCUCCGCUGGGAUUCAGCGCCGAGUCGCCUGUGGAUGGGCGCUAAUUAGUGUACAGAUUGCAGACGGGACCAAGAGGCUAGAGCAGAUUUGGGCGAAUUCGCAAGCGUGGGCUGUUAGACAGUGUUUGAGCGUGCCCUGCAUGAGCGGAGGAAAAGGCGAAAUGAGUGCCAAAUGCAAGUUGAGUAUUCGAUCGCCAUCUUCAAAUGUUCAAUCUUGCCGCUCUGCCAAGUCUGUAAACGUGCUCGAGGCAAUGUCACGCGAUUGGAAGGUCCGCGGUUGCACACUCCAGAUACAACUAUCCGUACGGAGUAUGGAAGUAGAAAAUCAUAAUGAGCACCGUCAUGAUUGGUCAAGAUGCCACCUUCUGUCUGUCCCUUUUGCUCAGGAAGGCGACAUAACAAGGAACUCAGAUUCUACCUUCCGAGCCCACCGAAAUGACCGCGCAUCGCCAAGUACCGCUCCCGUACCCGCGAACAACCUGCAAUCUCUCGCCUUCCCAUGCCAACCCCUUCCAGUCGAGUCUAUCCGUACGGAUACCCGAAUCGCGAAUCCUCGUCUCCGUUCCAAUUCAUAUCGCAGGUUCCCAAGGGCCGGCGCAACGCGUUCGGUCCAUUUUCGGAUAGUGACAGAUUUGACGGUCGAGGCCCUAAGAAUUAAACGUCCCGUCGGUUCAAUACGGAUACAGCAGGCAAUGACUUGGCAACUUGGCCCGUGGAUUUUUCUCCAUUUGGUGGAUGGUUUUGCACGGCUCGGACAACUCUACUCGCUACUCAAUCUAUAUACCACGCUGCUGAUCAUCGUCGAUUCGCCUCAAUCCCAGACCAGCCGUUUUCGACUUCGUUGUUUCCGUGCAGCUACACCAGCUACGGAUAGAUGGCAGGAAAGGAACCCCUCCACAGAAACUGGAUGGCCUAUCAUCAAUUCGCGCCGAGUCGCCGCCUCUGCCACCAAACCCGUGACGCUGGUUCAGCCUGCAUCGCCAUCGUCAUCGGCCCUCAUCGGCCCUUCUGAACCCGCUCUGUUGUGCACUGUACUCUGGGCCACCUUGUUCCGUCCGCUGCAGCACGAUCAACGCGAGCUGGUUGGCAUUGCCCUACGGGUGCAGCGUCUUUCCCGAGUCCUGACUUGGCCUGUUCUGGUGCCACUGUUUCCUGCCAUCCGCCGCCUGCGCAGUAUUACUCCGAAUGAAACCCUCUGUCUGCCAGAAAUCAAGAUACAUACGACAGAAGAGUUGCUAUUUUUUGCACCACGAGAAAAACGGGCCGCCUUACGCGUCGUCACUCCUAACCGGACGACCCAGUUUGCACCGUCGCCUCCACCAAAAGGCCACAAACAGCUGCUGUCUUCCAAGCUUGGUUACGCAUUUGCCGCGAUCCGAAAACAAGAUACUUGCUUACCGCGCUUCUUCCAGAAGGUUGCCGUCCUGGGGAGGCUCAGCAGAUCUUCAGCAAUCGCCCUUAUUGCUCCUACGUAUUCGUACAACCGGCCACAGUCCCUUUCAGCGUCCUCAACGGUCAUAGAACCACCUGGAGGCUGGAGCACUAAGAAGCCAGAGAGCCAAUCCCAUGUUCCAUCCCGCUGGGAUCGACGUCGACGAAAGACGGGAGGCGCUGCUUUCAAGCCAAUGUCCUCUCUGGCUGGACAACUGCUUCGGGUACCCUGUGGUGCCUGCGACACCAUGGUCCUAAAACGGACUGAAGGCUGGCUGAAAAGGGGACCUAGACACCCCCAACUGACAGCGACGCUUCCCGAUUCAGGGAUUGUGCCGGCGCCGUUUGAUUCCUUUCUGCUUCGACGAAACAUGACGCGGAUCCUGCUGCGAACCGCGGCCGAUCAGCAUUUCUCUGACAACAGACACGCAUUCUUUGUUCCCCUUUCAAGCCAUGCCACCCAUCCCCAAACCACGGCGGGUGCUUGGAGCGGCAGCUGGCCCAGUCCAUCAGACUUUCGGUUCGACGCCGUGAACCUUGGCCAACAUACUUUCCAGCCUUCCACUGCAUGCCCCGACAAGCGGGAAGCGCAGAGUCAAAAGUUGGGCAAAAGUCAAUUGCGCCAGCUCUCCCCGGCCAGUCAAGACAAACAUUUGGACUUGGCGAUGAGCUUAAUCGUCGAGAAAUCGGAAAUGUUUAGAUGA